AUGCUAACAGAAUCCAAGUAUGAUCGUUUUUGGAACGACUCGCUGACGCCCUCCGAGAAGCCGGCCAUGAGCAGCAAGGUCACUGCGGCCACCCCUCUCUCAUCCCCACCACCCCCUGCUGCCCCCCUGGCCCCCCCUGGCCCUUCUCCCCUGGGGGAGGAACAGGAGGUGGUUACCACCUUUUGCACUCUCCUUCCAAAGAUGCCCCAAUGGAAAUUCUCCGGCCCGUCCGGCUUCCUCAGCCGCAGCCCUUCGAGCGCCAGCAAAGAUCUCUCGGCAUCGGUCAAAACGACCUCUGGGUCAGGCCUGGCCGCGGUCCUCAGCGCCUGCGAACCUGUCUGUGCCACACCCUGCAGCAGGCUGAGAGGAGGGACAGGAGGGGGCAGGAAGACGCCCCGGGCCCCGGGGAGCCGGGCAUCUGGGGAGGAGUGGAGCCGGAAAGGGAGUUUCAUCAGCAAACCGGUCCAAGGUUGGCUGCAUCCUGACGAGAGAGUUUUAGGCCCCGGUGUCUCCUACAUUGUCCGGUAUAUGGGCUGCAUUGAGAUCCUGCGAUCAAUGAGAUCUUUGGAUUUUAACACCCGGACACAAGUCACCAAGGAAGCCAUCAACCGACUGUAUGAGACAGUCCCAGGAGUCAGAGGGAACUGGAAGAAAAAGGCUCCAAACAAAACUCUGUUUUCAAUUCUCGGCAAGAGCAACCUCCGAUUUGCUGGAAUUAGCAUAGCUGCCAACAUUUCCAUCGAUGGAUUGAACCUUAUGAUCCCUACCACCCGACAGAUCAUCGCGAAUCACCACAUGCAAUCUAUCUCCUUCGCUUCGGGGGGCGACACGGAUACAACCGACUAUGUCGCUUAUGUUGCAAAGGAUCCCAUCAACCAGCGAGCCUGCCACAUCUUGGAAUGCUGUGAUGGAUUGGCACAGAGCAUCAUCAAUACUGUUGGGCAAGCGUUUGAGCUCCGCUUUAAACAGUAUCUCCAUAGCCCCCCCAAAACUGUAGCACCACCGGAGAGGACAAUGGGAGUGGACGAUGCCUGGGGCGAGGAGGAGGACACCUCAGGACACAAUUACUACAACAGCAUUCCAGGGAAGCAGCCCCCCCUUGGCGGUUUGGUGGACUCCCGUCUCCAUUAUGGAUCGGCUUCGAGCCACACGCUUUCGCAGGGUUCCUACGCGAGCCACUUCAGCCAGGUUGGAUCUUCUGCCAGAAGGGACCCCAGCAGCCACUCAAACUUGAACUGGGAUGCUGAUCUUUCUGGUCAGUGUUGCGAUGGCUAUGUUCAGGCAGACAGCAGACCGUUUGGCUCUCAAGAUUAUGAACAGCACAUGUAUGUCAACACUGAAAACUUAAACAGCUGGGAGACCAGUACUGGGAAGCUUGAUGAGAGCCCCCCCAAAGACCUUUUUGAUAUGAGGCCUUUUGAAGAUGCUCUAAAGCAUCAUGAAUCCAUGUCUGCUUGUGGGGUGCAGGGUGGACUCCAAGUUGAGGAUCAGUGGCCAAGCCCGCCUAGCCGCAAGGCUCCCAUUGCCCCCACAGAAGACCAGUUGAAGCAGGAACUGUGGUACCAUGGCAAAAUGAGCCGGCGAGACGCAGAGAAACUGUUGCACACAGACGGGGACUUCUUAGUCCGGGACAGCAUCACCAACCCCGGGCAGUAUGUUCUGACUGGGAUGCACAGCGGGCAGCCGAAACAUUUGCUCCUGGUAGAUCCUGAAGGAGUGGUGAGAACAAAAGAUGCCUUGUUUGAAAGCAUCAGCCACCUCAUAAAUUAUCACCUGCAAAACGAACAGCCAAUUGUGGCUGCCGAGAGUGAACUCCACCUGCGGCAGGUAGUGAGAUGGAAGCCAUGAUGCUGUGGAAGUUGUCCCUCUGCCCUGACAUAAACACUGGACCUUUUUGACAGUUUUUUGAGCUGGAGGCCAGCAAGCCUAUCGACAGAUUUGCAGGACCCUUAGCCUUUCCAGCAAGAGACCUGCCUCUCUGAGAAAAGCCACAGCCAGUUCCACUAACUUGUUCCUGUCCUCGCUUGAUCUUCUCUGAGCUGUUUCCCAAUGCUACCGCUUCCUUACCUGUCCCAGUUUUUGCAAUGGUCAUGGAAAACCGAGGAGAGGUG